UGUAGGGUUUGUCGAUGUUCUUCGUCUUCGAUUAGAUUCAUGAGUUUCAAUACAGUUUCCGGUGGGAAUUCGUCGAGCUCAUGGAGCAGUCGACGUCAGUGCGAUGAAUGGGAGAAUAAUCCAAAGUUUUGUGCGUGCGAAGGUAAAAAGUGUAGGGCUUCCUUGAUGACAUCAUGGACAGAUGAUAACCCCGGUAGGAGGUUCUACGGUUGUCGGAAUUGGAAGACAAAAAAUUGUGGUUAUUUUGAUUGGAUGGACGAACCUAUGAGUGAAAGAGCAAAGGAAGUUAUCAAUGACUUGAAAAGGGAGAAUCUCAAGCUCUUGAAGUUCAAGGAAAGCUCAAGGUCAAGCAUUGAUGUGGAUAGUGAAAUUGCUAAGCUUUGGGAUGUUUUGCAAGCUUUGAAAGAAGAAUCAAGGAAGAUAAGGAAGAAAAGUAGAUUUAUGACAUACAUCUUGCUUGGCUCUUGGUUGAUGUUUGUAUAUUUCGCUCUAGCUUAGUUUAGUUUGUCUAUGUAGCUUGAUCUUGCUUGGCUCU